AGUCAUAACAGCAUAACACAACUCAACUAAACUAAAACCCCUGAGUGAGUAGUGUGCGCAGCUUCGUAAGUGAGUGAAAAGGCAACAAUGUCGUCGAUCGCUUUUUCCUUCGUUCCUCCUUCUUCCCAUUCUCUUUCUUCUCAUUCUCCUUCCACUCCUAAAUCCCUCCCUUCUUUUUCUUUCCCUCCACUUUCCCUCCGUCUCCGUAUCACUCCUUCUCCAUCUUCCUCCUUCCGUAUCAACCACCGCACAGAUCCUCUCUUCAUUCUUCAUUCCACCGAUUCCGCCGCACCUUCCUUCGACGGCGGCUCAUUCGGCGGCGGAGAUGACGGAAAAAACAAUGACGGACAUGGAGGACACGGAGGACAUGGAGACGGAGAAAGCAAUGACGGAAAGAGUGGAGGAUUGAAUGAGGCGCUGUUGUUGUUGGCGCAAGCGGGGAGGUCGUUGGAGAGUGUGCCGGCUGACUUAGCUUCUGCUAUCAAGGAAGGUAAGAUUCCGGCGUCUGUAGUUGCCAGGUUUUUGGAGCUUGAGAAAUCUCCGUUUAUGCGAUGGUUGCUUCAGUUUGGUGGUUUUAAAGAGCGUCUACUUGCUGAUGAUCUUUUUCUUGCUAAGGUUGGAUUUGAAUGCGGCGUUGGCGUCUUCACCAAGACUGCUGCUGAGUAUGAUCGUCGGAGAGAGAAAUUUUUCGAUGAGCUUGAAAUUGUGUUCGCCGAUGUGGUCAUGGCUAUAAUCGCAGAUUUCAUGCUUGUUUAUCUACCUGCACCUACAGUUUCUCUUAGACCACCACUUGGAGUCAGUGCAGGGGCCAUUACUAAGUUUUUCCACAACUGCCCAGAUAAUGCAUUCCAGGUUGCUCUCUCUGGAUCAUCAUAUUCUUUCUUGCAAAGAGUUGGUGCAAUUGUGCGUAAUGGGUCCAAGCUUUUUGCAGUUGGAUCUGCUUCGUCACUGGUUGGGACAGUUGUGACUAAUGCCGCAAUUAAUGCAAAGAAGGCUGUUAAUAAGGAUUCUGCAGAGGAAAUUGAAAAUGUUCCCAUAUUUUCUACCAGUGCUGCUUAUGGUGUUUAUAUGGCAGUUUCUAGCAACCUCAGGUACCAAGUUCUUUCUGGAAUUAUUGAACAGAGGCUUUUGGAACCUUUGUUGCACCAGCACAAGCUUGUACUUAGUGCUCUUUGCUUUGCUGUUCGAACCGGCAAUACAUAUCUGGGUUCAUUAUUAUGGGUGGAUUAUGCACGUUGGAUAGGGGUUCAGUAGACCCAAGACAAAGAUAAUGACUUGGAUCUUUCUUGACGGACUGCAUUUAAAUCAAGAAGCGUGUUUCCUUCAUUACUUGACAUCAGAGAACAAAUUAACGGAGUAGCCCAUUAGUUUUUUUUUAUCUUUAUUUAUUUUUGUGCGCUCAUUGCCGAGCACUCUGCUUAUUCUUAUUUUUCUCAUAAGUUUCCUCAUUCAAUUGAUGUUAUGAGGAUGACAACACAUAUAUACUUUUUUUUAUCUUUGGGUACAAGGAUAUAGUUUGAAAGUAGAUGAGAAUGUUGCAGCAGAUUGAAAGAUAUUAAAGAAACAAGUUUUUUCUUAAUGGCAAAAGAAAUCCUCUGUUUUUGACCUGAAA